AUGGUUCGUCAGCUAAACUGUAUCGUCGCUGUGUCCCAGAACAUGGGCAUCGGCAAGAACGGAGACCUACCCUGGCCCCCGCUCAGGAAUGAAUUCAAGUAUUUUCAAAGAAUGACCACGACCACAUCUUCUUCCGUAGACGGUAAACAGAAUGUGGUGAUUAUGGGUAGGAAGACCUGGUUCUCCAUUCCCAAGAAGCAUAGACCUUUGAAAGAUAGAAUUAAUUUAGUUCUCAGUAGAGAACUCAAUCUGGAUGAUGCCUUAAAACUUAUUGAGCAACCAGAAAUAGGAAAUAAAGUGGAAAUGGUUUGGAUAAUUGGAGGCAGUUCUGUCUACAAGGAAGCCAUGGACCAGCCAGGCCAUCUUAGACUGUUCGUGACAAGGAUCAUGCAGGAAUUUGAAAGUGACACAUUUUUCCCUGAAAUUGAUUUACAGAAAUAUAAACUUCUCCCAGAAUACCCAGGUGUUCUUUCUGAUGUCCAGGAAGAGAAUGGUAUUAAGUAUAAAUUUGAAGUAUAUGAAAAGAAUGAAUAA